UUGGCUCGAUCGCGCGUGCGCGGUGUCGGCGCUCUGGUCUGGAACAUGGCGGCGCGGUCGUUGUGGGCGGUGCAGCGGCUGCAGCGCCUCCUGGCCUCCGGGACCGUGUCGCAGAGCAGGGGAUGGCUCCACCCAUUCAGCACUGCCACCCCAAGAACGGCUGGGGAAGACUGCAGUUCUGAGGACCCUCCUGAUGUACUCGGUCCCUCCCUUGCUGAACAAGCCUUAAGGCUAAAAGCUGUUAAACUGGAAAAAGAAGUCCAAGAUUUAACACUAAGAUACCAGAGAGCUGUCGCUGAUUCUGAAAACAUAAGGAGACGAACCCAGAGAUGUGUAGAAGACGCCAAGAUAUUUGGAAUCCAGAGCUUCUGUAAGGACUUGGUGGAGGUGGCCGACAUUUUGGAGAAGACUGCUGAGUGCUUUUCAGAAGGAACGAAACCCGAGGACCACAAGCUUACUCUGGAAAAAGUCUUUCAAGGACUGUCUCUUUUAGAAGCAAAGCUGAAAAGUGUGUUUGCCAAGCAUGGCCUGGAGAAAAUGACGCCCAUUGGUGACAAAUACGACCCUCAUGAGCAUGAACUCAUCUGUCACAUGCCAGCAGGUGUUGGGGUACAGCCUGGCACUGUGGCAUUGGUACGACAAGAUGGCUACAAACUUCACGGCCGCACCAUCAGACUUGCCCGAGUGGAAGUGGCAGUGGAGUCUCAGAGAAGGCUGUGAACAAGCCUCCGGGAACUAAAACUCUCCCAGGGUCCUGGCACCUCUGUCCCCUCUAUUUAUUAAGCUGGUUUGUAUUAUACAUGAGGUCCUUCGUGUGCUCUGCUUUGGAGUUAGUCACAUUGGCUUUAUCUCUACAGUAUCUUAUUGGUGUGACCUGUUUGGUCUCAUCAGAAGUCCUGCCACUGGGCAUCUGAACAAUGUGACGAGUGUCCUGUGGCCUUUAUCAAAAUGUUUACAGAAAUCAUUUAAAUAUGGUACUCUGAUGACUGAAUCCAAAAUCCCUUAACGGUGUUUUCAACUAAUUACUGGAAUUAGUAUAGCAUCUGUGUCUUGUAUUUUAUGGGAAAGGGAGAAGUUAGGGAUUGGUUUGACAUUUAGGUACUUAGAUGACAAAGCUUUACCCUUGUAUAAAUUUAGAUCAGUUGGGGUGACUUCUACAAAGAUUUUUCCAGGCGGCUUUUCUAUUUCAGUUUUCAUGUAGUCGUCUUUUGUACUUGCAUUCCCUGCUAGGGGGCACACUUAAAUUGUUCCAUAGCCACCCGUUUCUGGUCCCAUUUGGAAGGGCUAAAGAGUGGGACCAGUCUUCCUUUUUUCUUGUUGGUAAGGUGUACUCUUUUAUUAAACUGCUCUCGAGUCUAUAUGAACAGGUAAGCUCCCAGGGAGACCCAAAGCCUCCUUACAUCUCAAGUUAGGAAUCAGGCAUGGGCCCAGGCAUGUGGCUGACCACUCAAAAUGAAAAGCGAAGGAUUAGGGUGGAUGAUUUUUUGCAUGAUUUAGACAAAAGCUGCUCUGGAGAGGACAAGGGGCUUCCUGUAGCGACAACAACAAAGAUGCACCCAGAGUCCUCAGCCACAUUGUCACGUUCUAAAACUUGGGGGAUGCUUACCCCAGUCAGCUGCUGUCACCUUCGCCAUUCCAGUUUUUAAAUCCUGAGUCAAAAGCACACCCCCUUCCCCCCAAAAAAAUUAUAUAUAUUUAUAAUUGAUAAAAAGAACAAAGUUGUCUUGGGUUUUUUUUCUCCACACAUUUUGUCAAAAAAGGUGUGAACACAGCUCCAUCAUUUUCCACCUAGAAUCAUUUGCAAUAUAUGAAAGAAGGGCCAUAGUCCUUGUACUCCCGGCUAACUCGUAACUGCUGGAAGGUGGACAGCAAGACCAUGGUGGAGCUACCCGUCCACACAGGGUACUUGCACUUCGAGAGUGAUGAUGUUGAUCUUUAUGGUACUAGGAGCCAGAGCAGUGAUCUAAAUCCUGUUGUAGUCGAUGCCUGGGUACAUGGUGGUACCACCAGACAGCCCUGCAUUGGCAUAGAGGUAUUAAUUGACAUUGCACUUAAUGAUGGAAUUAAAGGUAAGUUCAUGGACACCAUAAUAUUCCACACCCAGAAAGAAGGCUAGAAGAGCACCUGGGAACAGCAGAAUUGGUCCUUGCCAAUAGGUCCUUGCCAUCAGGCAGCUCAUAACUCUUCUUUAGGAAGAAGGAUGCAGCAGCAGGCAUUCCUUACUGGAAGUCCAGGGUAACAUGGCACAGCUUCUCCUUGAUGUUACAAUUUCCUGUCUGGCUAUGGCAAGGUAUAGCCAUGCUUAUUCAGGAGCUUCGUGGGUAGUCUAUAAAGUCCUAUCUGACUGAGUCCAGACACAAAAUGGUGUAGGGGUAGUUUCUAUAGGUGUGCAUGUAUGCGUGCAUGUGUGUUUCUGUCCUUGUCUCUAGUGUCCAUUACGAGGCAAGUGGUACUAUCAGAGUUGUACAGACAGCACAGCCUUGGCAGCUGUGUGAUGUUGAUCUUGAACAUGAUCUGGGUCUUUUCAUGAUUGGUCUGGGGUUCAGGGAGUCUUGGUAAGUAGUAAGUGUUCCUCCAGGGUCAUACUUUGGCUCAUUGUAUAAAAUGUGGUUUCAUCUCUGUCAUCCAAGUUGGUGACAAUACCAUCCUCCAUGGGUACCUCGGGGUCAGGAUGCUUCUUUUGGUCUGGACCUUGUAGCUAAAGUUUUCCCCAGUCCUGCCCAUCAGCCAUUAGCUCAGGCCU